AUGAGUAUCUCCGCUCUGGGAGGCAGCACCAAAGGGAAGUCUUUGCCACCAGGUGAGGAGGAGCGCAAUAAUGUCCUCAAGCAGAUGAAAGUACGAACCACACUGAAGGGGGACAAGAGCUGGAUCACCAAGCAGGAUGAAUCCGAGGGCCGAACCAUAGAGCUGCCUGCAGGCCGGAAUCGAGCCACAUCCUUUUCAUCAGCUGGGGAGGUCUCAAAGGCCAGGGCUCCAAGCACAAGAGCUCCCACUGGCUAUAUCAUCCGGGGUGUGUUCACCAAACCCAUCGACAGCUCAUCUCAUGCCCAGCAGCACUUCCCCAAAGCCAAUGGAGCUCCAAAAAGCGUUGCCGCUCUGGGGAAAACAGCUACCACUGACCCUCCCCGCCCCACCUCCUCUGGCUACAAGAUGACCACUGAGGAUUACAAGAAGCUGGCACCAUACAACAUCAGGCGCAGCUCCACAUCAGGGGAGGUGGAAGAGGAAGAAGUGCCCAUUUCUUCAGAUGAGCAGAAACGGAGAUCAGAGGCUGCAAGCAGUGUGGUGAGGAAGACAGCUCCCAGGGAGCAUUCCUACGUCCUGUCAGCAGUCAAGAAGAGCACUGGUCCUACCCAGGAGACUCAGGCCCCUUUUAUUGCAAAAAGGGUUGAGGUGGUAGAUGAGGAUGGGCCUUCUGAGAGGAGCCAGGAGCCACCUGCUCUAUCAAGACCUACUCCUGGAUCGAGCAGUGCGGAUGGAGGCAGAACCCAAGUGUCUCGGGUGAUUUGGAUCAAGCGCAUGCCGAGUGUACCUAGCCCCUCCGGGAGCCAGGAACCCAGCUCAAGAGGUGAGGAGAUUGUCCGUCUGCAGAUCAUGACACCCAGGGCAGGACUCCGCCUGGUGGCUCCAGACCUGGAAGGCAUCAGGUCUUUCCAAGACCACAAAGACAAGGAGUCCCCCUGCUUCAGAGAGCUCAAGAGAGACUUGGCUGGUGAGACCUUCAAGGAUCCCAGCACAGAUUCUGAAAGAUCAAGUGCACAAUUGAAUGAUGGAAAUGUGGGAUCAGGAGCCAUGGGGUCCCCACCAUAAGGCUUGGCUGGAGCAGACAUCAGCUCAGAAAUAGGAGGGGAGGGCUCUGCUGCUACCUUCACCCCUUUUCUGGACGAUCAAGAUGUGCAUGAUGCCAACUCUCAUUCCUGCAAGCCUGGACCAGUGGCUAUCAGCUCCAGUACCACUUUGGCCUCUGCUGUCCUGGAUGAUAGGAAGAGUGACAGCACAGCAGUCCUGGAAGAAACAAAGACAGACCCUAAGGGCAUCUCAGCGGCUUAUGAAGAGAAGAAUGUAGCCACUAAAGUCUGUGAGGUCUCGCAGGAGACGCCUGAAGUCCUGGGGGUUGGCCAAGGAGACCCAGCUGCACCCACUCCACAACCUGUAGAUCUCAGCAUCCCAGAGUGGCAGAACACCCCUGCUGCACCUGAGCAGCUUGUUGAACUGGAGAACUCUGCCAGCAGCAUCUCAGCGGCUUAUGAAGAGAAGAAUGUGGCCACCAAAGUCUGUGAGGUCUCGCAGGAGACGCCUGAAGUCCUGGGGGUUGGCCAAGGAGACCCAGCUGCACCCACUCCACAACCUGUAGAUCUCAGCAUCCCAGAGUGGCAGAACACCCCUGCUGCACCUGAGCAGCUUGUUGAACUGGAGAACUCUGCCAGCAGGGUGAGAAGUCCUUCAAACUGCAUGGUCACUGUUACUGUCACUGGUGCUUCUGAGCAACCUCAUGUUUAUAUUCCAGCUCCCCCAGUUGAAUUGGACUCCAGCUCAACCACCAGAGGGAUUCUUUUCGUGAAGGAGUACAUGAAUGCUAGUGAAGUGUCUUCUGGGAAGCCAGCAUCUUCAUCUUAUGGCAGUGUCAGCAACAUUGAGAAGUCAUUUGACAUGGAGAAGAAACUUCUAUAUGACAAUACAUCACACUCUGAGAGAACAACUGGAGGUAUCUGUACUUACUGCAGCCGAGAGAUCCAAGACUGUCCAAAGAUCACCCUAGAACAUCUUGGCAUCUGCUGCCAUGAAUAUUGCUUUAAGUGUGGAAUUUGCAGUAAACCAAUGGGUGAUCUCCUGGAUCAGAUCUUCAUUCACCGAGACACCAUCCACUGUGGGAAAUGCUAUGAGAAGCUCUUCUAGCUUCCCCGAGAUGCUCAGAAGCUGAUGACUCCCGGACAAGUUUGGCUGUCCCCAGUUCUUGGAUCCUCUCCCUUCACUUCCUCCCUCUGAUUUCCUCAUACUUCUUCCCUUCUUAGGUUGAACAUGCUUACAUCCAGUAUUGUAUCUUACUGAUGCUAUGAUAAUUACUUGUGUGUGUAGCUUUUUAUAGUUUAGGAGGCACUUUACAUACAUAAUCUCAUUUCAGGCUCCAUCAAAGACUUGAACACGAAUUCCAUCUUAGCAUUCCUAAGACAGACUGGCUUUCUGAUGAGUAUAGGUAGCCUAGUGUGUUAGGCAUGGGAAGAAGCAUGGAGUUCAGUUUGUACUGACUCCCUUGAGGCUUCUGAGGGGCCAAGUUAAAGACUGUUGACGAUCCCUUGUGGGUAAAUUGCAGGCAUUGAAUGCUAGGGGUUGGCAUAGGCUAAUGUUUAUCUUGUCUAUUUGCCAUAUAUAUAUAUGUUUUAAAGUUUCCAUACAUUCUUUUAAGUAGUUAGUUGUUUUUGAUUGACUUAUAUAGGAGAUUUUAAUUCCCUCUUCCCAUCCACCUUUUGCUAUAUUGGACUUUUUCCCUAAAGGUGUGUGGGUGCAUAUUGGUAAGUUUAUGCUGUUAGGAUCAAAUUCAAUAGGAUAUGAUUUUAGGAGGCUACUAACCAAAGGGAUAUCUGUGUAUGUUUGAAUUUUGAUAACUGAUUAGUGUAUUUGCCCUUAAUUCCUGCUCCCUGGGCCUUACACAGAAAUCCUCUCAAUUGGCUUUCAAGGUACAUAGAUCAAAGUAAGAUUAAGAGGAGAGAAAAGUAGCUAACAUCUUUGAAGCCUCCCUACAUACCAUGCAUCUUUACAAAGCGAUGGCAUUAAUUGCUGUAAUAAUCUUGAGAAGAGAAUAUUCUUGUCUCCAUUUUACAAAUGAGGAUAGUGAGACUCAGAUAGGUGGUCAUUGCCUUCUGAAGAACGCUAUGCAGCACUACUACUGUCCCUCUCCAGAGCCCAUGCUCUCUCCAGGAGUAGUAACAAUAGUGAACAUUGAUUUAGUGCUUAGAAUGUGCUCACCACUGUGAAGAAGAUAUCUGAAUCCUGCCAUGUAACACUACCCCUUUGGCCUCCACCAAGGCAUACUCUUACAAAGGGGCAGGAUGUGAAAUCUCAGUCCUGUGGGCAUCCUGGACCCCCAUUGAAGCACCAUAAGGGCCAAAUUGCCCUUCUUCCCUCUCCCCCAAAGCAGGGUGCUUUUAACCAGGGGUAAAUUUGACUCACAGAGUUCCCAUAAAGAACCUCAUCAACCCAGGGAAAGCUCCAAUCAGCCAGCUACUCUGAGUACACACUCUUUAAUGCCUUCCUGUUUUCCAGUCCAGACUCAAGCCAGCAGCAACUACUGGGGCCCAGGUUCUCAGAUCAUGGGAACUCAUUGUCUGGGAAAAUAGAGAAAGAUACAGGCCUGUCCAUGCAGUUAGCUGACAAUCUUAGGUUAGCCUAGGUUACUUGUCACCUGCAAACUUUGGGCCCAGCACUAAUUUGUAAACUCCUCAAGAGGUAAAACCACCUUAGAAUUUUUGGAUAAAAAAUGAAGGCCUCUUGAUUGAAUUAUAAAAUGAGCCUCCAUCUUUCUUUAGUUUGUGAGCCCUGUACAUGUUGGCUUGUAGAUUUGUUAUUUCUGUCAGAUGAUCAGAGAUGAACAUUCCAUUUAUUUGAUAGAUGUGAGUUGGAUUUACUCUGAAGGAGAAGAAUAGUUCCAUAUGCCAUGUACCAAAACUAAAUAUUAACAAGUCUUCUUGAAGUCUAGCUCCAACAUGGGACUUAGUACAUGGUGAGCACUAACACCAUGAUUGAAAAAGAAGUCACUCCUUUGGUGAGAGGUGCCAUUACAGAGUCUCAGUACAGGCCUCCCAGACAUAAUACAAGGUAAAGAAGCCCAGGAUAGGCUGGUUUCCCCACCCUCAAGAUAUACUCUUCCUUUAAGGUAGUUUUAGAACCAACCUGCAAGAUAUUGAAAGACAGCUUGUAAUGUCAGUAUUGACCUUGAUCCAAAGCAGCCUCUUUCAGAAAUGUUUUAAAAGACACAGAAUUCUACAGACUUAAGGAAGAGAAAUGGUUGUAUUACAUUGUUGCUUUUAUAAAAUUUCUUAGUAUUUCUAGUUGUGCAUGCUUAAUCCACAAUAGUGUACACAAUUAUAAUAAAUGUUAAAAUGUA